GACACAGAACAUCUAGUCAUGGAUAGAAUUGAGCUGGUGCAGAGAGCCAAACUGGCUGAGCAGGCUGAGCGAUACGAUGAUAUGGUAGCCUGCAUGAAGACCGUAACUGAACAAGGAACUGAAUUAUCCAACGAGGAGAGGAAUCUUCUCUCAGUUGCUUAUAAGAACGUUGUAGGAGCCCGUAGGUCAUCUUGGAGGGUCAUCUCAAACAUCGAGCAGAAGGCAGAAGGUAAUGAGAAAAAGCAGCAGCUGGCUGAAGACUAUCGAGAGACUAUUGAGACUGAGCUAAGAGACAUCUGCAACGAAGUACUAUCUCUUCUAGAAAAGUAUUUGAUCCCAAGUGCGUCACAACCAGACAGCAAAGUCUUCUAUUUGAAGAUGAAAGGUGACUACUACCGUUACCUGGCUGAGAUUGCUGCUGGUGAUGACAAGACAGGAACUGUAGAUCGAUCCCAGCAAGCAUACCAAGACGCUUUUGAAAUCAGCAAAAGGGAGAUGCCACCAACACAUCCUAUCAGAUUGGGUCUGGCGCUUAACUUCUCUGUCUUCUAUUACGAGAUUCUGAACUCCCCAGAGAAAGCCUGCUCUCUCGCGAAGACAGCUUUUGAUGAAGCCAUUGCUGAACUUGAUACCUUAAGCGAAGAAUCAUACAAAGACAGCACACUAAUAAUGCAAUUGCUAAGAGACAACUUGACACUCUGGACAUCGGAUACCCAAGGAGAUGAACCAGAAACAGGAGAAGGCGGGGAAAACUGA